AUAAGGCGAUACAAAAACUAAAAUGAAGUUCCAAAUUUUUUCUAAGAUGGUAGAAUGUUACUAACAUUUAUAUUCACAUACAGACCUGAGAUGUUGUAACCAUUUUAGUUCAUUUUAAAAGUAUUUGUGUUAAGUAGGCUGAUAAUAAGUUUAUUAAACCAAAGAUGCUGCUUACGUCGUCAUGGAUAAUGGAUACCACAAUAUUUAUAGCAUUUAUCAGCUCGUUGGUUUAUAAGUACUUCACAAGGAAUUUCGACUAUUGGAAAAAAAGGAAAAUUCUAUAUCCAAAACCUAUUCCACUUUUUGGUAACUUCUACGAGGUGUUUACUUUUAAAAUGACUAUUCAUGAGCGAUUGAAAGAACUUUAUGAUCAAAUAGACGCACCAUAUUUUGGAAUAUUCAUUGUGGAUGAACCUUUCUUAGUUAUAAAAGAUCCUAAGCUUAUUAAGGAUGUCUUAAUAAAAGAUUUUAACAUUUUCUGCAAUAGAACAGGUGCUGUGCCUCCAAAAACCCUUAUGGCUAAGGCAGUAUUUUUCUUGAAAAAUCCAGAGUGGAAGCAAGUGAGAGUCAAGUUAACACCAGUCUUUACUUCGGCCAUGUUGAAGAACUUACACAGUAACUGUUUAAUCGAAGUCUGUAACUGCUUGGUGGGAUUUUUGAAUAAAAAUAAGGGAAUAAUAGAUGGCAAAAGGGCAGCAGAACUUUUUUCAUCAGAAUUAAUUAUGAAAUUCGUAUACGGAGUUAAUCCACAAUGCUUCUAUGAAAAAUCUUCACAAAUUCAAACUCUUUUAAAGAAAAUAAGUGAGUUUAAUAUAAGAAAUGGAGUUAUUCAAAACCUCUAUUUCAUUAAACCAUCGUGGGUAAUGUUCUUCCAGCUAAAUUUCAUUCCUGAAAGUAUGAUGAAGUUUUUUGAAGGUGUUUUUAAACAAACGAUGGAAGCCAGGAGUCAAUAUGAUGGCAAACCACAAACUUUUGUCGAUUUCGCAAAUAAAGGUGUGAGAGAAAAACAAUCUGGAAAGGAAGAUGUUUUGGAAUACGACAUGUCAAUCGGAACUGCAAUAUCUUUUUUAAUAGCUGGUAAAGAUACAAUGACUACACAAAUUAGUUUUACUCUAUAUGAAAUUGCCAUGAAUGAAUCUAUACAAACUAAGUUAAGAAACGAAAUCAAAGAGAAUGUUAAAAAGUUCGGCGGAAUUACAUAUGAGGGUGUGCACCAAAACAAAUACCUGGAAAUGUGUAUCUACGAAACAGCGAGAAAGUAUCCUGCUGUUCCAUUCGUGGAUAGAGUGCCAAUCGCUAAUUACAAAUUUCAAGGAACAGAUUCAGUAGUGGAAAAAGGUGUAACGGUAUUAAUACCAUCUUACGCACUUCAUAGAGACGAAAAGUAUUAUCCUCAUUCUGAAGUAUAUGAUCCAGAAAGGUUUAGAGAAGAUAUAACGUCAGAAGGUUUAACUAAUAUUCCGUUUGGAGCAGGACCCAGAAGUUGUAUAGGUAAACGCCUGGGGAUUCUGAGUUUAUUAGUAGCAUUGUCUUACAUUGUUCUUAAUUUUAAUAUAGAAAAAUGUCCUGAAACUCCAUCUAAGAUCGAAUUCGACACAAAAAGUUUUACCCUUGGUUCGAAAAAGGGCCUUCCUCUUAAAAUUACGCCUAUUAUAGCAGAAGAAAAAGUAUAAAAUAUUUUAAUUAAAUUUUUGUUAUUUGUUUUAUGUUGAUUUGUUAAGAAAAAAUUAAAUUAUUAAGCAGA